CACUGACUGAUCUACCCACUGAAAACCAUGCUGGACUGCAAUAAAAACUGGUACACAUUUUUGGUUGUGCUGCUUGCACUUUUUGGAUGCAUCACUACUGCACCUGGUAACUACCGUCGACCUACCAAAGUUGGUCUCGUGUGCUGUGAGGCAGUCUCCAAAGCACUUAUACCAUCUAACAUAAAGCUCACUGCAUACAAGCGCCAGAAUGCCCUGAAUCCUUGUGUGGAAGCUAUCAUUUUUUUCUCCAUGAAUGAAAAAUAUUGCUCUGACCCUAAUGCACGCUGGAUCCCAAAGAAACUGAGAGGUUUGACAGAGAUCAAGGAAUGAAAAUGCCAGGCAAAAUGUUUGCAGCCCUCUUCCUGUUGCUUGCAAUAAUUUUUUUUUAAUACAUUAAAAAAAAAAAAAAAAGAUAAAAAAAAAAAGUUUUGCAUACAAUGCAAGGUAGAAUGUAGACCGUUUUCAUGACUCACAAAUUAACGUACAGUUAAUUGGGAACCAUUUAUACUCCAAUGUCAACUUUUAUUAUGACUUUAAGCUUUGCUGUAACCCUUUAAAGCUGUCAUAUCGUUUUAAAAAUGUGAUUCUACUGGUUUAAUGUAGUCUACUGUUUAAACAGUGUGAACUCCUAUAGCUAUUUGAUUAAUGAAAAUAUUGAUGCAUAGUAGUGUGCUUCACCCUUAAAAUGUCAGUUUCUGAAAAAGGAAAUGCAGAGUGCAUACUUUAGUACAAGUAUACAACAUUCUUUGAAGCUUCCAGCCUUGUUUGUUGUUCCCCUAUUUAAAUCUCUACAAAUGUUGUAAUGAUCCCAAGUAGAAUACUACUUUCACACAAUUGUUUUUGCUUCAGUCCAGAGAGAGCUUAAAAAGGUAACAUCUUUUGAAAAUGAUGGGUAAUAUCUGUGUAAUAUAUUGCAGUAUUUGUAAUAUUUGCAGAACAUGAUAUCUUUUCUUUCUUUUUUAUUUUUAUUUUUUUUUAUUUUAAUGUCUGUACUUUCACCACUAGGGGACCACAUGAACAGUCUACAUAAUAAAAUACCAUUACCUUGCAAAAA